AGAUGAGAAAAUGUAAAGCACCCAGUGGAGUCCUCUAACUUUGAGCUACUCAACAAAAGCUUGUUUCUUGUCCUCUACUAAAGUAGUCUGAUUAGUCAUGGUCCCCCAAAGGGCUUGGAAGGACCUUGUUUUAACCCUGUCUCAUCCGUGGAGUGCUCUGCUCUCAUCCUUCAGGACUCAGUUCAAAUACCUUCUUUUCUAUGAAACCUUGCAUCUCUUCAUGAGCUCUUUUAUCUCUGAACUUCAGAUAACACGAUGGUGGGUGAAGAGAAGACAUCGCUAAGAAAACGGCUGUCAAAGUCCAGGGAAAAUUCGGAGGAAAAGCAAGACCAGAGAAGCCCUUCAAAGGAGUCCCUAGAGACACCUAGUAAUGGUAGGAUUAACCUAAAACAGUUGAUGGCAAAGAAGAUACAGUUGACAGCAGAGGCAGAGGAAUUGAAGCCAUUUUUUAUGAAGGAAGUUGGCAGUCACUUUGAUGAUUUUGUGACCAAUCUCAUUGAAAAAUCAGCAUCAUUAGACAAUGGUGGGUGUGCUAUCACAAGCUUUUCUGUUCUUGAAGGAGAGAACAACCACAGAGCUAAAGAUUUGAGAGCACCUCCAGAACAUGGAAAGAUUUUUGUUUUAAGGCAGUCUCUCUUAGAUGAGCUGUUUGAGGUGGACCACAUCAGAACAAUAUAUCACAUGUUUAUUGCCCUCCUCAUUCUCUUUAUCCUCAGCACACUUGUUGUAGAUUACAUUGAUGAAGGAAGGCUGGUGCUUGAGUUCAAUCUCUUGUCUUACGCUUUUGGCAAACUUCCCAUUGUUAUGUGGACAUGGUGGACUAUGUUCUUGAGUACACUUUUAGUUCCCUAUUUCCUCUUCCAAUGUUGGGCCAGCGGCUACAGCAAGAGUUCUCAUCCAGUGGUCUAUUCUCUCUUCCAUUGCUUCCUUUUCACGGUCUUCCAGAUUGGAGUUCUAGGUUUGGGACCAACAUAUGUUGUAUUAGCAUAUACCCUACCACCAGCUUCCCGCUGCAUUGUUAUACUUGAACAGAUUCGUUUCAUAAUGAAGUCCUAUUCAUUUGUCAGAGAGAAUGUGCCUCGGGUACUAAAUUCAGCCAAGGAGAAAUCAAAGACGAUUCCAGUACCCACAGUCAACCAGUACUUGUACUUUUUGUUUGCACCUACCCUCAUCUACCGUGACAACUAUCCCAGGACUCCCACUGUAAGGUGGGGUUAUGUUGCUGUGCAGUUUUUACAGGUUUUUGGUUGCUUUUUUUAUGUGUACUACAUCUUUGAAAGGCUCUGUGCCCCCUUGUUUCGGAAUAUCAAACAGGAGCCCUUCAGCGCUCGUGUUCUGGUCCUGUGUGUAUUUAACUCCAUCUUGCCAGGUGUGCUGAUUCUGUUUCUCAUGUUUUUUGCCUUUUUGCACUGCUGGCUCAAUGCCUUUGCUGAGAUGUUACGCUUUGGUGACAGGAUGUUUUAUAAGGAUUGGUGGAACUCUACAUCAUACUCUAACUAUUACAGGACCUGGAACGUGGUGGUUCAUGACUGGUUGUAUUACUAUGCUUACAAGGACUUUCUCUGGUUUUUCACUAAGAGAUUCAAGUGGGCUGCCAUGUUAGCGGUCUUUGCUGUUUCUGCCAUAGUGCAUGAAUAUGCGCUGGCUGUUUGCUUGAGCUUUUUCUAUCCAGUGCUUUUCGUGCUCUUCAUGUUCUUUGGAAUGGCUUUCAACUUCAUUGUCAAUGACAGUCGGAAAAGGCCAAUUUGGAACGUUAUGAUGUGGACUUCCAUUUUCGCGGGCCAAGGAGUCAUCCUGUGCUUUUAUUCCCAAGAGUGGUAUGCACGUCAGCAUUGUCCUCUCAAAAAUCCCACAUUUCUGGAUUAUAUCAGGCCACGGUCCUGGACUUGUCGUUACGUGUUUUAGAAGCUUGAACUUUGUUUCAUUCCUUGACACUGAAGAUGGGUAUUCUGCCUGAUCUGGGGCCAGCAUCUGUUUCCAGCUGUUACUGAAGUUAUCUGUGGUAUUUGGAUCACUCUGCGCUUUACAGAUGGCUUGCUCCAUUCCUCGGUCAGCUGAGAUGUUGCAAGUUUACUGGAAUCGUGUGCACUUAAAGCAGUACUUUUUUUUUUUUUCUUUACCUUUUUGGGAGAAGGGAGACUUACAUAGCUGACAUAAUGACAGAUUUUUGCUGGGUUUUUGUUUUUUGACUCCCAUCUAAACGUUGUGACUAAACAGCAUGUUUCCUUGGCCACUGACUUAGCCAAAACACUUAUGAAGAAAGCAUUUAAAUAUUUCAGGCUUAGAAAUUUUUUUCAGGCACACUGUUGGAAUGUAUGCUAAUUAACUAUGUACUUAGGAAAGAAAAGAAAAUAAUGUGGAACAUUUUGUUAUCUCUAGUAGAGCGAAAAUCUCUCAUUUCCAGAGAUAAUCUCGUUAUACAUCCUAAUGGUAUUUUUUUUUGGAAAGAAGUUCAGUUCUACUCAAUUUUUACCUUGUUUUCUCUAUAAAGUGUAGAUCAUGAUUUUUGUGAAGCAAGAUUAUACCUUUCACCUUGAAUUCUUGAGUUUACAUCCGAAAUCUUACAUAGUGAGGGAACAGAAAGAAGUGGCACAGGACAAAGAAAAGACAUUUCCUUUUACAACUUCCAAAGUAAUUUUUAAAAAAGACUUGCUGAGCCAAUCGUAUGUUUAAAUUAUUUUAUCGUGGAACUUAUGUGGAGGAUAACUUUUUUUUGUUGUUUAAACUUUAAUAACUUUUGAGAAGUUAUUUAGAAGUACCCUUUGGUAAACUUAUUGUUUAAUAAAUACUGACUUGAAAUAGUUGGCAGGCUAGUAAGUCUGUAACAUAUAAGUAUUAAUCACCUCCAUUAAUAUUAAAGUGAUUUUUAAAGAUCCAGAAGCUGGCUUCUGCACUGCUCAAUUAUUACACUUUUAAUGGUAUUAUACGUUAGGUGAAACAAAUUAAUAUGUGAUCAUUUUCAAGAAAAUGUACUCUAUAUGUGAUGUUUCCAUGUUAUAAGAUGCCCAUUGCUAAUACAGUGUGGUGUGCAGGAAUUAUUUUGUUUGUGUGUGUGAGGUGUGAUUAUGUUUGUAAAGAUGGAGCAUUGAAUGGCCUAUCAGAGACCGUGGAGUUGAAUUUUCCACCCAGAGAAGUGAGACUUAAGAAUUACCCAAAAAGUGAUUUUCAUUUGGAGUAGCCAACUUGAGAAGCUUUGUUGGUAUUCUAAUAGCCCUACUUCCAUCCAAAAAGUUUUGGGACAUCUUUUUAGAAUUGUUUUAAAGUCAGUUUGAGUGUCACAAGGAGGAGAAUUGAGUUUCUUAGUAGUCACAACUUAAUUUGUACCACAAGUACCCAUUUUCUUUCAUCAGUACCUUUGAUCCAGAUGAGUUUAGGCAAUUUUCAAAUAUAAAAUCCAACUUGGACAGACAGAAGUGCAUGUGACACGAGGUCAUUUCUUAAAAAGUAAUUCACAUGGUCCCAGCAGUAAUUGUCUGGACAGUGGUGGUGUAAUUGUGAUGGAGUCAUAACCUCCAAACGAGACUGCUUUUGUACAUCUUGUAAUCUCUGGUAUUUUUAUUAAAAAUCAGAAUGCUCAAUCACUUGAAUUUAUGGGACUACAUUUUAAAUAUAAUGAGGGAGUUAAGAAAACCAGAUUGGUCUAAGACUGUUUCAUGAAUAAGUCUCAACUGAAGGGAGAGAAUGGAACUCUUUGAUCUGUAUUUCUGUUAAGUGCUGUAAAUGUUAGGUUCUCAUUGCUCAUUGAUUUUGUUGCUUUGUAUUGAUUCUGAAUAUUUGUAGGACUGAUGAAGGCUGGUGAGUUUUUUUGUUUGUUUUAGCUCUCAUCUUCCCUUUAUUAGUGUUUUUUUUUUUCCCCCUGCCCAAGACCUUGAGGUGACAACAAAAAAUGUUUAAAACUAAGGACUCUUUAGAAUGAUAAGACUGCCCUAAGAAGUUUUCACAAACACUUAAAGGAAUAGCUACUUUCUGUGACAAACUAGUUUGAUAGCCAUGGUCUUAGUGCUAGCCGCUCUUAGCAAAAAUCGUUUUAUUUAAACCACUACCUAUACUCCUAAAUAAAUUAAAACUUCUGAUGUGUUUCAGGAAGAUUUAUUGAUUUUUUUCCCCUCUUUUGCUAAUAGGGGUGAAAAUUAGUUACAGGAUGAUACUUUUUUUCCUUCUGAAAAGAAAAGAGUUUAAAACUUCUUUCCUGUAAGAAGUAUUAAUGAUAGUAGCCAUUAUUGUGGGUGUUUUCUCUAAGACAACAGCUAUAUCUCAGACUUUGUUUUAAAUCUGUUAGAUGGUUUCAUUCUCAGUCCUGGAUAGUGAAGGAAAAUGGAGCUGUUUGGUUUUUUUUGGUGGAUUAAUCUCCUAAAAUUGCAUAAGUGAAGUUGCUUGCUUUACAUUAGAAUUUAAUUAGAAAAUUCAGGUUGCUUUUAACCUUUCAGUAACUACUUUUUGCUUUUGGAAGCGUGAGGAGUGGGGGAAAUGCUUUUUCCUUUUAGUUGUAGGGUAAGAGUGGGUGACAUUGGCAGGUGAAGAAGGUACAGUAAAUACUCUAUAAUUGCAAACACAGAUCAUAUUGUACAAGUCAUUGAUUUAGUGUAGGCAGUUUUCAUUGAAUUUUAAAAUUAUACUUGGCAUGAAAAAUGGAAUCCUGAAUUCUUUAUAGAAAGCCUAAUAGAACAUUAUGUAUUUAAAAGGUUGGUCAUGUGGGUUAUGUAGCCUAAAAAGAUCUAAUUUAUGAAUUGUUGAGGUCUUUUAUGCAAAAAGAUGUUUGUUUUCUGUGGUCAUGAGUAAUUUUGAGUAAAGUUCAUUAUUUUGUAUGGGGAAAAAUAAUGAACGUAAACUAACACAACUGUAGUAACCGGGUUUGCCUGAUGAGUAUGUUUUAGUUAUGAAACCAUAAAAAAAGAUAGUUACACUUAAGCCCAGCAUGCAAAACAGGUAAACUAUAGCUGCUUCUGGUUGAGAUUGGGACGCAGGGCUGGAGUCCAGUUGUUUGGGACACCCAUUUUCUCCUAUCCCCAAAUACCCAGUCGGAAAACCACUGGUGCAGCAAAAAAGCAUGCACAGAUGUUUAAGAUGGCCCCAUCCUUACUAGCAGUGUGACAAUGGGCACAGUUGCUUUGUUUAUCAGAGCCACAGUUUUACUCAUCUGUAAAAUGGGGGCAAUAGCUACCUCAAAGGGUUGUUAGAAAACGCUGGCCCUGGCAGGAAAAGGGCCUCAUUAUCUUCUUAUCGUCCAUAAAUUCUAAACCUGAAUCCUUACUAUCUCAUUGGAAUUUUUUAAAAAUGUGAAUGUUUCAAAUGCACAGUCCUGAGAAUAUGUGCUUUUAAAUAGACUCGCGAUGAUGUGAAUGCCCAUCGUACCUGGACUGAUAUAAUAAACACUCCCAUAAUGGAACUAACUAGAAUUUAACAAGAUUAUUAAAGGCCCUUAUGUUUCCACCUCCAAAAUUACUUUCAUAUUUAUCUGUUUAGCAUAAGGGUAGGCUUCUAAAAGAAAAGCAUGUCUACCUUUGCCUAGGUAUUUAAGUGUUAGAACUAGUGUGUAUACUUUAUAGUUAAAUUUUAGAAUUUAUGAAGAGGAAGGAAACUAAUGAGGCCCUAAUUUUGCCAGUAUAAACAAUGCUUAUAGUCUUAAUGGGAAGAUAGUUCAUACUUUUGUUAAUAACGUGUAAUGGACUUGCUUACUAACCUUGUGCAAAAUUUUAUGUGACUUACAUAGAUUUAUAAUACAGUUUAUAUAUGUGUGCAUAUAUACCAUCGGAGAAGGAUCUGUCUUGGUCACCGUUUUACUUAAGCUGUAAGCUUUAUGUUUAUGGCUCAGAAAUUGAAGAAACUGCGACGUAAAGGUUCUGAAGAAUAAAAUGAGUAUUACUAGUAAAGCUUAUAUAAGCAUUUGAGUAGUUUCUAACAUCACUAAAGUUUCUAUCAGGUAGUAGAA